AUACCCUCUGCGAUGUGGUUAAUGAUAAAAAUUAUUAAUCUUCUCCAUCGAACCCCAGAAGAUACCACGGCAGAUGAAGAAGUGCUAAAUAUGGACGUGCUUAAUGAUAUAGAAGUAUGUUGAUGUGAAUUACCUCAUUUUAUGAAUAUUUCUGGAAUUCAGUACAAGUUGAGAGGGUUUAUUGGAUUUAGUGGACGACGAACAAGUGUCAACAAUGUAGGACAUUACACAGCUACAGUAAGAAGAAUAAAUGAAACCUGGGAAGUUCAUGAUGAUACAAAAGAGAAAAAAACUAUCAUCUCCCCUAUGACUAAAACUGCUUGUCAAAUUUUGAUAUAUACAAUUUAA